AUGUCCCAAGAAUACAAGUUAAAAGACAUCACCUCCUUCGCAUCCCUCAGCUCUCUAGACAAGGUCGAGGCUGAAAUCGAGGGCAUUGAGGAUGGGAAGGUUCUCCUCGUCAAGCUAGACGAUAAAGUCCAUGCCCUCAGCCCGCGGUGCACGCAUUACGGAGCACCGCUGAAGAAUGGCGUUGUUACUGGAGAUGGAAGGCUGACAUGUCCCUGGCACGGAGCCUGCUACAAUGUCACAACUGGCGAUGUUGAGGACGCCCCAGCCCCAAACGCGCUGAACAAGUUCGAGGUCUUCGAAAAAGAAGGCGGCGUAGGAAGCGGAACUCUUGGCCUUAUUCAAGCCCUCCGCGAGCUCAAAUACCCUGGGGCCAUUACAAUCAUUUCCCAAGAGCCCGAUCUAAUCAUAGAUCGAACCAAGCUAUCCAAAGCCCUAAUCACAGACCCAGCCAAGAUCCAAUGGCGGCCACGAGAGUGGUAUGCCGAAGCCGCCAUAGAAACCAUCACAGAUGAAGUGACCGCUGUGGACUUCGAACAGAAAUCCAUCUCCACGAAAUCCGGCCAGAACAUCUCUUACACCAAACUAGUCCUAGCAACAGGCGGCGUGCCACGCAGACUCCCGCUCCAAGGCUUCAAAGGCGAACUAAACAAUGUCUUCACCCUCCGCACAAUCCAAGAUGUGCAAUCAAUCGUCACAGCCGCCGGCCAAGAAAAAAGAAACAUCGUGGUAAUCGGCAGCUCCUUCAUCGGCAUGGAAGUCGGCAACGCGCUCUCAAAAACCCACAACGUGACAAUAGUAGGCAUGGAAACCUCCCCAAUGGAGCGCGUAAUGGGCACGAAAGUUGGCCGCAUCUUCCAAUCAAACCUAGAAAAAGCCGGCAUCAAAUUCAACCUCUCAGCAAACGUGAGCCACGCAACACCCUCCCCCUCAAACACCCACACCGUCGGCGCAGUCCACCUAAAAGACGGAACAACCCUCCCAGCCGACCUCGUCAUCCUAGGCGUCGGCGUCCGUCCAGCAACAGACUUCCUCCGCGACAACAAAUCCAUCACCCUUGAAAAAGACGGUUCUAUCAAAACAACCUCCCAUUUCCUCGUCCCAGGACUGCAAGACUCUGUCUUCGCUAUCGGCGAUAUAGCAACAUACCCCUACCACGGCCCUGGCGCUGAUCCUGCUGGCUCGCCAGUCCGCAUCGAGCACUGGAACGUCGCGCAGAAUGCGGGACGUGCGGCUGCGCGCGCCAUCGUGCAUGCGCAGCGUGGGCCGUUGUCGUCUCUGAAAUAUAAGGCGUUUAUUCCCGUGUUUUGGUCGGCGCUUGGGGCGCAGUUGAGGUACUGUGGAAAUACGAUUAAAGGGUAUGAUGAUGUUGUUUUGCAGGAGAAGGGGGAUGGGAAGUUUGUUGCGUUUUAUACGGCUGGGGAGACCGUUGUUGCUGUUGCUACUAUGGGUGUUGAUCCGGUUAUGGUCAAGUCUUCGGAGUUGAUGAGGGUUGGGAAGAUGUUGGGAAAGGGGGAGAUUGUUGGUGGUGCGGAUGUUUUGGCUGUUAAGGUCUAG